UUUUUAGCAAAGCUUCAAACUGAAGGCUACGUAUGACCUAAAUUAUGUGUCUAUACGUACACAAUAUUGUACAAUGUAGCUCAUGCUCAGUCGUUUCACGCUUCUUUACAUGCACAGUACUCUAUACGCAUACAUAUGUCACUACAGAGCAUAUGUAGCGUGCUUCUUUAUCAACAAAAAGUGAAAGACAAAUACUUGCUCAAUCUCAUACUUGUGAUAUAAUACACUUGUAUGCGAGCGAUGCGAGCAAGUUUAUACGUUUGAUUUUAGUCGGCGUAUGUAUGCCAUACACUGUCAUUUGUGCUAGAAAAUAAAUACCACGCUGUUACAACAAUGUCUGUUGCAUUAAAGUGACGAGAAUACGAGUGAAGAUGGAAAGAAUAAGGAUUGUCUUGCUCGUGAAGAUGUCCUUCGUGUGUUCUGUGCAGUAAAAAUUUAAAUGAAAUGGUCAUUCAGGCUCACAAAUGGAUACGUGUGUUCUAAGAUAGAGAAUUACAAAUGUCACCGUGCAUGAAAAAUCUACAUUAAUAAAAUAAGAAUUUGGUGAUUGGAUUCGAGAGAAAAUGGAAAACACUGAGGUUAAAUUCCGAAUUAUGAUGUCAAUUAUCACAAAUCUUUUUAAGAUCAAAAGGUUCACAUUACAUCGGUACAAAGUAUAAUGUCCAAGUUAUUAUUAAUAUUAAAUUAUGUUUAUAAUGGGGAAAAUUAUACCAAUGAGCUGGUUGAACCAGAUAUUGUUAAUUUUAAGUAUAUUAAGUGCUACUUUGUCUUUGGUUAUACAAGAAUGGGCUGGCCUCACACCGUUACCAAUUUAUGUUUCUAUAUUAUGGAUUAUUUUUAUUACAAUAAUGUCUGUAUGGCUCAGUUGUUAUUUAUUUCAGCUUGCAUUAAAAGCAAAAAAUCCAUGUAACAUAACAUUCCUGAAUGACUGGUUAUAUCAAAAGUUAAUAACUAAUCUAAAAUUACCUGUGGACAAGAAUUCGGUAAAACCAGAUACCGGGAAAAUAAUAGAUGCAAAUGCAGUGAAAGAAAAAGCAUCUAAAGAAAGAAGAAUUUCUUCGAAAAGAAAAAGAUUGAUAGGAGUGAAUGAUAUAGUGAAAGAAAUAGACUCAAAAUGUAUACGAGUAUGGUAUGAAUCUAUCAGUAAUGACAAAUCGUUUCCUGACGAAGCACAGGAAUUACUUAAAAAGUUAUUUACCAAAUUGUUCUAUCGAAUUCAUGUGAUGGAUAAGGUGAAGCUUACUCAACAUCUAGCCAAUGUGUUUCUAUUACAUUUUAAAGAGUAUCGCAGAGCAUUGCGGCGAGUAGAGAAAGGGACAGCAAAAAAUGUGGAAGAAGCAUUUAAAUAUUUACAUCCUGGUUCUCGUAAUGUAUCAGCUUUGGAACAUAUGCUUCAUCGAAUGAUCAAUAUCAUAGCACAAGAAUUUUUACAAUGGGAAUUGACGAGUUCGUUGCCAUGUAAACUAUUGCUAUCUAUUUUAGCAAAACGACUAUUAUUAUUUAUAGAAACAGUCAGUUGUCCAAACUGGCUUUUUCAACGUUUGCUGGAAUUAUUACAGCCUAUAUCAAAUGAAGUUGCUAAAGUUCAAGAUAAAAGGACAAGCGCAGAAGAAACUGUAUUACGCACAAAAAAGCUGGUAUCUGAGGCCUUGUGCGAUGGUAUAACAUCUUCAACAGCUGCUAUAACUCCAAGACCAACAUUGAAAUCAAAUUUAGACACAUCUGUAAAAGCGACAGCCGAAAAUAAAAGUAAAACACUCACUAUCAACGAAAAGAGACCGACCUUGCGCUUAGACAAUUUGCCUACAGAACACAGAGGUCUUUGGGGUCAAAGUAUGUCCGAAGGCGAUAACGAAUUAGACGAAGAUAAAUUAUCUCCUGUGUAUGAAGAUACUACAGAUUUUGCAUCAACAAUUGCUAGAUUAAGAACUGUAUUACAACAAAAAUCAACUGUGACUACACCCUUACAUAUGGAAGAAAAAUCGUACGCAGUUUACGAAGGUAGUCAAUUUACAAAUCUAAUGAUUCCUUGGACGGAAUUUCGUACUGAACCCGAUGGAUCGCAACAGUUACUUUAUUGCAUUCAAUUUGAUGAUAUAGAACAACGCGGUGUUGAUUUGUUUGUAACUACGACGGCAACUGUUAGAAGACAAUAUCGUGAUUUUGUUCAGUUACAUGCUAGUUUACAAGAGAUCCCAGAAUUAGCAUCCGUGAUGAAAAAUUUAGUAUUACCGGAAGGUGGGCGUACCGAGUUAGAAAAUUACAUCAUAACUCUAACUACACGCUUAGCUAGCGUAUGUCCGCCACAAUUGCGACAUUUUUUGCGACCAAGCAGUAGUGCUGACAAAAAAGCAGAUAUCGUAGCACCUCGUCUUGAUAGGUUCUUGGCCAAAACAGUAAGUGGGGUUUUCAACACUUUAAAAACAGUUGUCCCAGGUUUUGAAGUUGAACAGGAAGAAGAAAGUGUACCAUUACCUACAUUGAUGCCCUUAGCUGAUAUACCAUGGAGAUUUGUGGAAAACAUUAAAACGAAAAGUGUAGCAAGUGAACUCCAACAAUUGGUCGCUGACAGAACUGAUUAUUAUUCUGUAGACACAGCUUACGAAGCUGUUGAUUCUAUAGAAGGAAGCAAUGAUACCGCACUAAUAGGUCACUGGUUGGAAACCGUAAACGAUUCUUACGAAGAAGAAGCAGAUGAACUGGAUUCUCAUUUAACAUUAACAUGUGCGGCUGUUGAUCUUAUCUGUGAAUUGUUGGCUGGUAUAGGAAGUAACAACACAUUGCAGCAAGAAGCAGUUGUUAGGUGGACGAAAUUACUUUUCGGAAAUGUCACUGAAUCUGUGUUACAGACUAUAAUUCUUAAAAUUUUUGAUUUCUUGAGUAAUAAAUCAUUUCAUAACGUACAAACCAAAGUUUCUGACGAAUCAUUAGUACAAGUAAGGGAAAGAUUCAUGCAGGAAAUAUUAACUACAAUUUCCAAUGAUGUGAGAUUAAUAUUUGGCGAGGAUGAUACGAUAAAUAUUCUAAAAUAUUUACUUGGUUCUUAUGAAAUAAGGAAAAUUAAUAUCGACUUGAACCUACAAAUAUUAGACGUUGUAGCGUCGCAACUGUUAAUUUCAUGUAGGGCAGCUCAUCAUCGCGCAAUUUCUUAAUAGUUUAACUUUCUGUUUGUUAAUUUAUUAAAGUGGAAGCAGUGCAUAGAAUGUGUAUAUUAUUCACAUGAAUUACUGAUGUCUGGAAUCGUAAAGUAUUGAUAUAUAAUUUUAGUCACUAAGGAAUUGAUGUGCCAUAGUAAAUUUGUUGACAAUUUAGAACUAUCGAGAUUUCAAAAACAGACUAUGUACCUGAUUACAUAUUUAAAAUAAGGACGCCAAGUAUUUUUUCCAUUAAACUGAGUUAUAAGUUGAAUGAUGUGUGAUGUAUAUACUGCAUACGGUAUGCAUUUAAACUGUACAUUCGUAUUUAAUGUUUAAGUUUUGUACAAAUAUUUAUGACAAAAACAUUAUAUUUCACAAUUAAUAAAAGUUAUCAAUAUACAUGAGAUUUAAAUGUAUGCAAGUUCUUAGUAGUCUAAUACAUGUUUAUUCUUACAAUUAA